CUCGGGCAGUCACCUGGGCACGGGCGCUGCAGGUGCCGGGGCCUCAACCUUGCGGAGCCGACAGCCAUCGAUCCUCUGGUGGCCUCGAAGUGGUGGCAGGGCCGCCCCCUGCAGUCCGGAGGCGAACGCACGGACCCGGCCUCCGGAGGCAGGUUUGGCUGGGAGGAACCGCUCCCGCUUCGUCCUACACUUGCGCAAAUGUCUCCGGCUUGCUCCACUUAUCAGGCUCACCAAAUACAGCUGCAGUAUAAAUUCCAUCUUCUACACAACAGUAAACCAGAAUGUUCACAUUCACUGGGUUCAUCUCCCAUCCUGUUGUCUAACCCACAUGGUUUUUUUAAACUUUUCUAAGAUUGCAUGAGAUUCUGCAACACAACUGAUUAUAAAAACACUUAAAGUUUUUACCUUUUUUUUUUACUUUCCAACUCUCAUGAAUGUACAGAGGACUCUCCAGAAGCUGCAUAUGUGUGAUAUCUCAGCUGAUUAAAUGUAGAUGUGUAGGAAAUCGGUCAGGGUGGUGGGCGAAACUGUUGGGAAAGGAGCAGGCCUUCUGAAAGGUCAGAAGGCUUCGGGGGAGAAUAAGCUGAAGGCAGCUGUUCUCUGACCUUGAGGCAGAGGGCAAGGAGUAGGUACAAGGACGUGUAGGAGAAUUUAUCUUAAAUAGGCUUGUUCACUUGUGUUGUCCAGAAACCGACUUUUGAUCAUCAGCGUGCAUGACUGCUCCCUGAAAGGGAGAACAGUAAUGUAAAUUACCCGCAGAUUGUGUUUGCUCCAGGCUUUUGGCGUUAUGUCUGUACUGAAUAAAAGCAAGCAGCUCCAGCUGUUUGAGGCUGCUCUCUUCUUCAGCCAUUAGUGCCGGGCAGCCCACUAGCUGCUGUUACACUGCUUAUCUGUGUCUGAGUACUCCUUUCUUCAGUUGCUUGGCCAGGGUCUGCGGGACAGACCCAGGAGCUGGUGCCCUGUGUGAGGAACGCUGCAAUGGAUUGCGAUGGAACCCUCGAAAACAAAGAGCUUACUCACAUAGCAUCUUGGUAUAUCAAAAUGAAAUGCAAGGAACCAAAAAUAACAUAAUUGAAGGCAGUAAAAGUGAACUUAAAUAGGAAGAUCAUCAGUCAAGGAAGACCCACUGGAGAGGACAGAAAAUAAAGGAAGCAGUGUUUUAUCAUGUGUAUUUCAGCAGGUCUUCUUGAAAUUUAACUAGAAAUAUGACUGCUCUCUCUUCAGAGAACUGCUCUUUUCAGUACCAGUUACGUCAAACAAACCAGCCCCUAGAUGUUAACUGUCUGCUAUUCUUGAUCAUACUUGGGAAAAUAUUAUUAAAUAUCCUUACACUAGGAAUGAGAAGAAAAAACACCUGUCAAAAUUUUAUGGAAUAUUUUUGCAUUUCACUAGCAUUCGUUGAUCUUUUACUUUUGGUAAACAUUUCCAUGAUAUCGUAUUUCAGGGAUUUUGUACUUUUAAGCAUCAGGUUUACUAAAUACCAUAUCUGCCUAUUUACUCAAAUUAUUUCCUUUACUUAUGGCUUUUUGCAUUAUCCAGUUUUCCUGAUAGCAUGUAUAGAUUAUUGCCUGAAUUUCUCUAAAACAACCAAGCUUUCAUUUAAGUGUCAAAAAUUAUUUUAUUUCUUUACAGUAAUUUUAAUUUGGAUUUCAGUCUUUGCUUAUGUUUUGGGAGACCCAGCCAUCUACCAAAGCCUGAAGGCACAGAAUGCCCAUUCUCAUCACUGUCCUUUCUAUGUCAGCAUUCAGAGUUACUGGCUGUCAUUUUUCAUGGUGAUGAUUUUAUUUGUAGCUUUCAUAACCUCUUGGGAAGAAGUUACUACUUUGGUACAGGCUAUCAGGAUAACUUCCUAUAUGAAUGAAACUAUCUUAUAUUUUCCUUUUUCAUCCCAUUCCAGUUAUACUGUGAGAUCUAAAAAAAUAUUCUUAUCCAAGCUCAUUGUCUGUUUUCUCGGUACCUGGUUACCAUUUGUACUACUUCAGGUAAUCAUUCUUUUACUUAAAGUUCAGAUUCCAGCAUAUAUUGAGAUGAAUAUUCCCUGGUUAUACUUUGUCAAUAGUUUUCUCAUUGCUACAGUGUAUUGGUUUAAUUGUCACAAGCUUAAUUUAAGAGACAUCGGAUUACCUUUGGAUCCAUUUGUCAACUGGAAGUGCUGCUUCAUUCCACUUACAAUUCCUAAUCUUGAGCAAAUUGAAAAGCCUAUAUCAAUAAUGAUUUGUUAAUAUUAUUAAUUAAAAGUUACAACUGUAAUAAGAUCAUAAUUUUGUAAACAGAAAGAACUCAGGACAUACUAAAGAAUAAACUGAACUAAA